UUUUGUGGCUUUAGAAGAAAAAUAAAAUCUUAUUUUAUUAAUUCCUCUAAACAACUCCUUAUCACCAGGAAAAAUCCCUUGGCCUCUCUUUAUUCCGUUCUUUAACAUCCAUCCAACCCACAAUUAAUUCAAAAAUAUAAUGAUAAUUAUUAUUAUAUGAUAUAUUAUAUAAGGACCUUAUUUGAGAAAACUCAUUCAAGAUUUGGUGGAUCACUCAAGAACACAUCUUCAAAGAAAAAGAUUGCAAAAACUAGAAUGAAGAAGACAAUGGAAGAUUCAAGCAAGAUCAUGAGAAGAUCAAUCCACACUUUCCUCCAAAACUACCACCAUGCCACCACCGCAGCCGCCAUUGCCCUCCCUUUCUCUGCCACUCUCCUCAUCUCUCAAGCCUUCUUCUCCUCCUCUUCCUCUUCCUCAUUUCACUUGAGGUUAAACACACUCUUCCACGGAGCGGGUUUCACUUCUUCACUUGACUUCUUCAACAUGUUAAGCCUUAAACUCUCACAAACACUUUCUUCCUCUUUGCUCACUCUCCUUUUCUCCCUCACUUUCCUCCUCUUCUCCAAAGCUUACGUCAUCAAAGUCCUUUCAAACAACCACGACUCUUUUUAUUAUUACCUUCCUCUUCUCAGAACUUACGUUUGCAACUCUCUCUUCCUCCUCUCAGCAAACGCCUCUGCUUUUGCUCUGUGCUUCUUCAUAGCAUCCUUUGGAUUCUAUUCAAGAAGCUUCUACACUCUAUUCUCCUUAGCCUCAGCCAUUAUCUACUCAAUCAUCAUCGCAAACGCAAAUGUCAUCACCAACCUAGCCUUGGUUUCAUCAACAUCCUCUCCCUCCUCAGGAGGAUACACAACAACACUUCUCAAGGCGUGUCUUCUCAUUCGUGGAAGAGCUUCAACAGCAUUGGCACUUGCUCUGCCUACUAAUCUCGGCUUAGCAGGAGUGGAAGCCUUGUUUCAGUACAGAGUAGGGAGGUCUUAUUACAAAGAGGACAGAGGUAUCACCUCGAUAGCUGUAGAAGGAAUGUUAAUAGCUUACUUAUACGCUCUCUUCUUGGUUCUUGACACUAUAGUCAGCUUCCUCUUUUACCAAAGCUGCCUCAAGAACGAUGAGGAUCAGAAGAAAGGUAGAGAAGAUGAGUAUACGAUCAAGAUCAAAAUCUGUGGAACAGAUGACAUGAAGAUAUGCAUCAAAGGUCCAAAAUGUUUCCAAGAAAUCUUGUGAUUUCUUGUUUUGGUUUGAUGUAAAUUAUUGAUAAAGAACCAAGAAAGGAGGUGACAAACUUUUUAAAGAUUAAUGAUUUUUUAAAGGAUAAUUUCUCAAGUAGCUUUCACUUCAAUCAAUUACAUGAUCAGUAUAAUUCUCUUAUUGAUCUGAUUUUAAUUUAUUUUCUUAUAAUGUAAAGUCGUAUAUAUACAAACAAAACUAUAGUUAAUGUCAA